AUGUUCAGAAAAAUAUACACAAAUAUAUCCAUCACACUCAUUAAGCAAUUGAGAGAAGCAUCUGGAUCUCCUAUUAAUGAUUGCAAAAAAGCCUUGGAAUCAACAGAUGGUAAUUUUGAGAAGGCCAUUCAAUAUCUCAAAGAAAGAGGAUUGGCUUAAGCUGAGAAGAAAUCGGGCAAUCAAACUAAACAAGGAGUUAUUGUCGCUUAUACCAAUAAUAAAGUAGCUGCCCUUGCUGAAAUAAAUUGUGAAACAGACUUUGUAGCCAGAACUAAUGAAUUUUUAGAAUUUUCGACAAAUUUUAUUAAAACAGUUGUUAAUUAAGAAAAAGAUUUCAAUAGUUCAAAUAUUGAAUCAGUUCUAAGGCAAAGCUAAAACUAAGCUUACUUUGAGACUAACAUAGAUGAUAAACGUAAAUAAUUAGUGGGAAAAUUGUAAGAAAAUAUUGUUAUUGGUAACUUAAAUGCAUUUGUUGCAACAAACAAUAGUAUUUUCGGAGUAUAUCAACAUAAUUGCUUAAAAAGUACAAUCUGUGGUUUGGGAGGCAGUGUUGUUGAGUUAAUCACAGAAUAAGGAUUAAAUGAUGUCAAGUCAUAAAUUUUAAGAGAAGGAGCCAAUAAUUUAGCAGUCACUUAUUUGGGUUUGAAACCUAAAUUCUUAUAUGAGAAUGAGGUAGCUUCAGAUGUAAUCGAUUUAAUAAGAAAAGAAGUCUAAAGAGAUUUUGGAUCAAAGACUCCUUAGUAGCAAAAUUUUAUUGUUUAGGGCAAGCUCUAAAAUUAUUAUUCAGAUAAUGUGUUUGAACACCAAGAAUAUAUCCUAAAUGAAGAUGAACCAUAAACCAUUAAAUAAUAUAUCAAAAAAGAGUUGGAAGAUGUCAUAAAAGAUAAAGUCAAAAUAGGUAGAUGUCUAUACUUAACAAUAUGAUAUUAUAUCAUAUAUUCAAAGGGAAUAUGAUAUUUUU